AUGUCAGAAGUCACUAACAUCACAGAACUGCCAUUCUACUUCAUUCUUACGGGCAUCCCGGGUUUGGAGGCCAUGCACAUUUGGAUCUCCAUCCCCUUCUGCUGCUUAUACACGAUCUCCAUUAUGGGCAACACCACCAUCCUGGCUGUCAUUUGGACAGAGUCCUCGCUUCACCAACCCAUGUACCUGUUCCUCUCCAUGCUGGCACUAACUGACCUGGGCCUCACCCUCACCACUCUGCCCACAGUCAUGCAACUCCUCUGGUUCAAUGUCCGGGAAAUUAGCUUUGAGGGCUGUUUUGCCCAAGUCUUCUUCAUUCAUACCUUCUCUUUCAUGGAAUCUUCAGUGUUAUUGGCCAUGGCUUAUGACCGCUUUGUGGCCAUCUGCCGCCCACUCCACUAUGCCUCUAUUCUCACAGAGACUGUCAUUGGCAGAAUUGGGAUAGCCAUCGUUAUCCGAUGUGUUUUGGCCGUCCUGCCCUCUCUCUUCCUGCUCAAACGUCUGCCCUUUUGUCACUCUCAUCUCCUCUCCCACUCCUAUUGCCUUCAUCAGGACAUGAUCCGCUUGGUAUGUGCUGACACUCGGAUCAAUAGCUGGUAUGGUUUUGUACUGGUAUUGCUCAUCAUUGUGCUUGACCCUUUCCUCAUUCUUAUCUCCUAUGGGCUGAUACUACAUAGUGUCCUUGGCACUGCCUCCCGGGCAGAGCGAUUUAGGGCUCUCAACAAUUGCCUGUCCCAUAUCUUAGCAGUGCUUGUCCUUUAUGUACCGAUGGUGGGAAUAUCCAUGGCCCACCGCUUUGCCCGGCAUGCCCCUCCUCUGGUUCAUGUGGUCAUGGCAAAUAUCUAUUUGCUUUCACCCCCUGUGAUGAAUCCUAUCAUUUAUACUGUGAAAACCAAGCAGAUCCGACAGGGAAUCUACCGUCUCCUCUCCCAAGGGAAAGCAAAUUAA